AUGACGCAAUCGGCUCAGGACAGCCCUGCGUUUGUCUCCUCGGUUCUCGGCAGGUAUUGCGCGCCUCAGAUCAAGCAAGAAAGAUGUUGCUUCGCGAUCCGUGCACGUGUCAGUGAUCCAUUGCCAUCUGCAUGGAUCACAGAUGAGACGAAAGUUUUGGAAGACGAAUUUCCUGGGGUAGUAAGACCACAUUUGCACACCAAAACAGCUCUUGAGAACACCUGCAUCUGGUACGUCCUUCGCUAG